UCAGGGCCGCGUAAGUAGCGAGUGAGCAAGCUGCAGGUGUGUGGGGCGCGGGAGGAGGGCGCCGCGCCUCUUGCGGAGUUGCCGGGGCUGAUCGCGGGGCCCCAAGGCCCAGCCCCGGUCGCUGGGGGCGUCGUUACUGCCUGGCUGACCCUGGUUGAUGUCUGAGCUUUCUUGGACCUAGGAGAGCGCGUAGCGGACUUCGUGGGCUGCAAAAUCCCCAGUCGGGGUUCCUUAACGACCGCAGCUUGACCUUCCCGUGGUUGCCAAAGGCUAGGCUUCGGAGGAGGCUGAGCAAGGUGACCGUGCUGAGUUGCCCCCAAGGAAGCUUGCGGCAAAAGCGAGUGAAACGACCGGGCGCUUAUCUCGCCCGUUACCUAUUUGGCAAAGUAUCAAGAAACCAGUAAUGUUUCUUUGAAUUUGCCUCUGAUGCUUCAUCAAUGUCACUUAUACUGAAUAUUUUAAGAGAGAUGCUGGAAUACUUUGGUGUUCCCACUGGGCAGGCUUUGCAGAUUUGGGAAAAUAAAGACUAUGGAUCAGCUCGGAGUAUUGUUCGUAUUAUUGGGAAAAUUCUGCCUUUAGAACCUUGUGCAAGGCCUAAUUUUGAGUUGAUCCCACUAUUGAACUCUGGAGACUCUACUAGCUGUGGGUCUGUAGUUCCAUCUUUUGCUGAUAUUUUGUGUGUGGCAAAUGAUGAAGAAGCCAGUUAUCUCAGAUUUCGAAACAGUAUACAGAAAAAUGAAGAAGAGGAGAAAAAUGCAGUUCUCAAUUCUUUGCAAUUAGUUUGGGAUCCACUGUCACCUGCUGUAAGACAUAAUAAACCAAUGAAAAAUGAUCAGCCCGUAAGUGAAGCUGCAAUUAAAAAAAUUGCUGCCCUUGAAGAUGAGCUAACUUUUCUUCGCUCUCAGAUUGCUGCAAUUGUGGAAAUGCAGGAACUGAAAAACAGUACAAAUGCUGGCUUCCUUGACUUGAAUGAUGGGCCUAGUGGUUUGGGACAGUUGCCAUCAUCAGCGACUGCUCAGUCAAGUGUCGGGCCAGAUCUGCUAUCAGGUUCAGCUCUUCUCUGUCCUCCUCCUCCACCCCUGCCGCCUCAGUUUUCUGCUCUGCAGCCUCAAUGUUCUCUUCUCGUACAACCAGUAUCUGACAAUAUCUGUGACUCAGAUAAUUCAGCAGCUGGCCUGAAAAAGCAGCACCCAGGUGCUAGUAAAACCAAUUAUAGUUGUCGUUCAAAAAACAAGAAAAGUAAAGAUGUUCCAAACAUGAUGGAUGUUCUAAAGGAUAUGAAUAAAGUGAAGCUUCGUGCCAUUGAACGGUCACCUGGAGGUAGACCCAUUCAUAAGAGGAAAAGACAGAAUUCACAUUGGGAUCCAGUGUCUUUAAUAUCCCAUGCACUUAAGCAGAAAUUUGCAUUCCAAGAAGAUGAUUCCUUUGAGAAAGAAAAUAGGUCUUGUGAGACGUCUCCAUUUUCUAGUCCGGAAACCUCAAGGUUUGGAUCUCACAGUUCAUAGUCGAAAGGAUAAUGAGCUAAAGGAAGAACUGAUAAACACAAAAGGUGUUGAUCACAGAAGACAAAGAACUGAUAAACACAAAAGGUAGCUGUGUCUACACCUUAAAGGAAAGAUUGCAGAAAUGUGCCAACCUGCCUUUCACUAUAGGUUAAAGGAGCGCAUCUUCUGUUAAUGAAGUUAAAUGAAGUCUGUACACUGGGAUAUCUUAGUGCUGGGGUCUGAAGGGUCUUGACUCUUAAGAAUAUCUGUCUGGUUUUGGAAGAUCCAGCAGCAUCUGGCUACUGAUGAUAGGUGCAUGGAUUUUCUUUGGUGUAUGUAUGUUAAUGUUAUUAAAAGCUGAAUACAUACUUUGAAUGAUUUUCCUAAGAGGUAAAUAGUAAAUGGCUUAAUGUUUCUUAUUGAGACCAGUGGGGUUUUACUAUACAGUAACAGAAACCAUUUUAAUGGGUCAAUAAUUAAUGUAAACUAAAUAUUGUACUAGUCAGCAAGUGAUAGUAUAUUUGGGUUUUUAAAAACAAUUUCUUAAAGCAGUUGUGAUUUUCUAAUUUAAGAGCCUUUGAAAUCUUUUAAAAAUUGGUAGUAAUCUGGUUUAUUUGGCCUCCAGGAAUUUGGAGAUUUCGAAGAAUGUAAAAUUAAAAUUUUUUCAUUAGAAUAGUUAUAGUUUGAGUCACAUAGAUUGAGCCUCCUAAAAAUUCUUCCUGAAGUGAUAAAGAAUUCAUCUUAGAAACUGAUUUUAAUUGUUAAAUAUUAGAAGUAUUUAAAGAAUCUUCUCCCCAAGUUUUCCCUCAUUUCUAUGCAAAUAUGUAAAACCUAGCAUUUUAUUUCCUUUGUCUCUUACCGUUGUAAACAAAUGUGGCUUUUGAACUUUGUUGUGUGUUAUAGCAAUUCUUAUUCAUGUU